AUGCACCAAAAUAUCAAUGCCAACAACAGCCACCGCCGGCAGGGCCAGGGCAGGCGUCGCCAGAGCCGGAACACAACUCAGUCGCCAGCGACACGUAAAUACUAUGCAUCUGAGAAUGAUGUGGCCGACAUGCCAGUCGAUGCUGCAUUCCAGAAAGAAAUGUUCACCUCUGGUCCUCAAACUCCGCGCAAAUUCAGCCCUCCCAGCCCGACGACUACUACGGAUUCCUCCCUUCACCCGAACUCCCAGUCUAAGCCGCGAAGUGGCAACAAGAACAGGUCCAAAAAUCAGACCGCCUCGCCAGGUCCCAUGAAGGGGUCACGUAAGACUCCGCCGCCGACCGUGGUUUCGGCCAAGGGCCCCUCGGUCGCUGCCUUUGCCGGCGCCACUUUCCACGCCUCUCCGGCACCUUCCUCGCUCCCGAUUCCCAGCUUUAUGGCAAAAUCUGUUCCCGACUCGCCUGGCGUUGCCCCCCCUGGAAGGCUUUUCAACCCCGAACCUUCGCCACCGCCGACCGACUCCGAGAAGCCGACUCCGGUGAACAAGUCAGGUGUUGACAAGCUUACCCGGGAAGAGUCUCCACUCGACUUCUUCUUCCGCGCUGACAAGGCGGAGAAGGAGAGAGCGCGCCGAGCAAGCUCCGCGAAUGCGCUCUCGGAUCUGCCUAUCGGACCUUUCUCGCCGCCUACUCAACCUCGUCUCCCCCGGGAAAAUGGCUCUGGGCCUUCCCGCGCAGGUGACAGUCCUCUACAGCACAGCCGUCGCCCUCACUUCCCGAUGAACCCUGCAGAUGGAUAUAUAUCUGCCGAGGCCAACAACACACCGGCAAAUGUGAUGGGUCCGGCGUUCUCGACUCCAUACCAGGACCGUAUCAGGGCGGCACGAUCCUCCGAAAAACCGACUAGAGGCUCUCAGUUCAAUCAGCCGCGCUACCAGCAGCAGCAACAAGAACAACAACAGCAGCAGCAGCAACAGCAACAUGCCGUGGACCGAAGCGAGGCCCUCAAGCAGUUCUUGUUCGCUGGGACGGCUCCCCAUGCUCCUCCAGUGGCUUACCCGCAGUCCACCACUGCUCAGGCAUACAUGACCCAAAUCCCCAAUGGCUCUCAGCUACACCAAGGUCAGGGCAGCUCCCAACCUGGCGGCAACCUUACGCAUCAAUCGUCCGAACUGCUAGCAAUCGAAGAUGGCCUUCGCCGGAUCCUCAAGCUGGACUCUUCUCUCCACAUGGGGGUGCAAUCACCGGCAUUCGCCAACGCUCAUUCUGGCUAA